AUGGCUCGCAAAUUCUUCGUUGGCGGAAACUUCAAGAUGAACGGAACAUCUCAAUCGAUUUCCCAGAUCAUCUCAAACCUCAACAGCGCUAAGCUCGACGCAAACACCGAAGUCGUCAUCUCCCCUCCAGCCAUCUACCUCCUGCUCGCCCGCAACCAAGCAGACGCCAAAAUCAGUGUUGCCGCCCAGAACGUCUUCGACAAGCCAAACGGUGCCUUUACCGGCGAGCUUAGCGUUGACCAGUUGAAGGAUUCUAAAAUCGACUGGACUUUGACCGGACACAGUGAGAGAAGGGUUAUCCUCAAGGAGGACGAUGACUUCGUUGCACGCAAGACCAAGGCUGCCAUUGAGGGUGGGUUGAACGUGAUUGUCUGCAUUGGAGAGUCUCUCGAGGAGCGAGAGAGCAACAAGACCGUCGAAGUCGUUACCAGACAAUUGAAGGCUAUUGCCGAAAAGGUGUCUGAGCAGCAAUGGUCCAAGAUUGUCAUUGCCUAUGAACCCAUCUGGGCAAUCGGAACCGGAAAGGUCGCUACCACUGAACAAGCACAGGAGGUCCACGCUUCCAUCCGCAAGUGGCUUUCCGAAACCGUCUCCCCUGCCGUCUCCGAGGCCACCCGUAUCAUCUACGGAGGCAGCGUCAACGAGAAGAACUGCAACGAGCUUGCCAAGCAACAAGAUGUUGACGGAUUCUUGGUUGGAGGUGCCAGUUUGAAGCCUGCUUUCGUCGACAUCAUCAAUGCUCGUCUGUAA